CGUUCCCGGCGUGCCUUGGGCGGCCUGAGGUCGGCCAUCUUGUUCCGGCGGUGAGGCGGCGAGCUAGUCUCCGCGGUCUCCUUUUAUCCUUUCCCUCAAACCUUGGCUGUCUGGUUGUCCCACCCCUUCCUCCGUCGCUUCCCUCAGUGCACGGGACAUGUCGGAACAACGGUAGUGGGUUCUGCCGGAGCAGGAGAGACCGAGGCGAAGAAGAAGACGUCGCCUGACCCCACCUCUUCUGCGGCCUGUUCCCCCUCACACGGUCGCGCAGACAGCAUGGACGCCGUGAACGCAUUCAACCAGGAGCUUUUUGCGCUCAUGGAUAUGAAGCCUCCAAUUUCUCGAGCAAAAAUGAUUCUUAUAACUAAAGCAGCAAUUAAAGCCAUCAAGCUUUACAAACACGUGGUCCAGAUUGUAGAAAAGUUCAUUAAAAAGUGUAAACCGGAAUAUAAAGUGCCAGGGUUAUAUGUCAUUGACUCAAUUGUUCGGCAGUCUCGCCAUCAGUUUGGAUUUGACAAAGAUGUAUUUGGUCCGAGAUUCAUCAAGAACCUAACAGCAACUUUCCAGUGUUUGUAUCUCUGUCCAACAGAAGAUAAGAGUAAGAUUGUUCGGGUAUUAAACUUGUGGCAAAAAAAUGGAGUAUUUAAAAUUGAGAUCAUUCAACCAUUACUGGAUAUGGCAGCGGAUGCUGCACCUGCAGAAUUAUUGGCUGAUAGUUCUGCUAAUGAAGAAGGUGCUUCUCCCCCUCCUCCAACAUUGCCUUUGGAUCCUCCAGAAGAGGCCCCUAGCUCUGUACCUGCCGUGUCUGUUCCUCAGUUACCCAAUCCAGAUGCAUUUGCUGCUGUAGCUCAGUUGUUUCAAAGCAGCCAAGGGCAACAGCUUCAGCAGAUUCUACAGACUUUCCAGCAGCCCCCAAAACCACAGUCUCCAGUUAUAGAUGAAAAUGUUUAUGCUCAGGUACCAACUACUGCUCCUCAAAUGAAUCCAAUGUCACAUCAGUCUGAGAGGAAAACUGCUUUUGACAAGUUACUUGACAGAUUUGAUUAUGAUGAUGAGCCUGAAGCAGCUGAUGAGACAAAGAAAGAGGCUUCAAGCCCCUCUGCUUCCCCUCCUCAGCCGCCUUUCCAGUUCCCCGGAGAGGCUAUGCAGCCCCAUCCAUCAUUUUCGCAAAUCCCAGGGCAAAUGCCAAACAUGGAUCAGUUUCAAGCAAUUCAGCCACGGAUGAUUGGUAUGCCCCAGGAGCCUCUACUUAGUCAAAAUCCAGUCCCACCAACUGGACAAAUGCUUGGAUUUGGAAUGCUUGCACCUCAGACUUACCCUACCAUGGUUCCACCUGUAGUUUCCCAGGCAUCACCUCAGCCAUUUCUCCCAGCUUCUUUUUCAGCACAACAGAAUGAUGUACAGAUGGCGAAAGAGUCUCAACAGGAUGUUCCUAUGGAUGUAGAAGAACAGAGUGUCCAAGAAUCCAAACGACAGAUGACAGAUCGUCAGAAGUCUGCAUCAAGAUCACCAAAAAGGAGGCGAUCCAGGUCCGGUUCACGUUCACGCCGUUCUAGACAUAGACGCUCGCGUUCUCGAUCUCGUGACAGACGCCGCCACUCCCCAAAAUCGCGUUCCCAAGAAAAGCGUGACCGUGAAAAGGAACGGGAGCGUAGAAUGAAGGGACUUCCCUCUAUUAAAUCUGAGGCCGUUAGUGUUUGCAGUACUACACUAUGGGUUGGACAGCUGGACAAAAGAACUACUCAGCAAGAUGUUGGUAGCCUCUUGGAAGAAUUCGGACCUAUUGAAUCAAUCAAUAUGAUCCCACCACGAGGCUGCGCUUACAUUGUUAUGGUAAACAGGUUGGAUGCAUAUCGUGCUUUACAGAAACUGAGCAGAGGAAGUUUCAAAGUUAACCAAAAGGCGAUUAAGAUUGCAUGGGCAUUGAACAAAGGAAUUAAAGCAGAGUUUAAGCAGUAUUGGGAUGUUGAAAUAGGGGUCACGUACAUACCAUGGAGUAAAGUCAAACCUGAGGAUCUUGAGGCACUUUGUGAAGGAGGAAUGUUAGACAAUGAUACUCUUUGUCCAGACUGGAAACCCAUUAUUAAAAAGGCAGAGAGUAAAGAGGCAUCUCAAAAUGGGGCAACUGACAGUGCACAGGCUGAAAAUAUCCCAUCUGUACCUCCACCUGUCCCUAUGCUGUCUGUACCGAUUCGGCAACCAAUGCCAGCAGUGCCAGGUCUUCAGCCAUUGCCAUCUGUUCCACCCCUUUCAGCAUUACCUACAGUUCAAGGUCUUCAACCUAGUGUGACUUUAACUUCUAUUCAAGGUUUACCACCUCCACAAGGUUUGCCUCCACCCCAAGGGGUUCCUCCCCUGCAAGGGUUACCUAUUCCACCAUCAUUGCCACCAUUACAAGGAAUGCCUAUGCCUCAAGGAAUGCAUGUCCCAGGAUUCCCAGGGCCUAUAAACAUACCUCCCCCUGGGUUUGCUCCAGGUGUCCCCCCACCACCAUUUAUGAGGCCAGGAUUUAAUCCAAUGCAGAUGCCACCAGGGUUUUUACCUCCUCCGGGGAUGCCCCCUCCCAUGACUCCUCCUGUAUCUCUUCCUCCACCCAUGUCUGGAUUAGGCAUACCAACUUCUGCAGCAGGUGCUUGUGCUUCAUCAAAUGACCCCGAUGUGUCACAAGGAAAUACUUUGUCUCUUGGUUCUGGAAGAGAAAAUAUUGACUCUGAUGAUGAUGGAAAAGGAUUUGGGCCACCUCCACAAGGAGGGCCAAAUAAUGUUCCUGGGCCAAUGAACCCACAUCAUGGUGCUUCGCAGGGCGGAGCUCCCCAGGUACCUCAGACAGGUGCUACACCAGGCUCAUCCCAGGGUCCUCCUGGCCCACCUCAAGGUCCUCCUGGCCCACCUCAAGGUCCUCCUGGCCCACCUCAAGGGCCUCCUGGCCCACCUCAAGGGCCUCCUGGCCCACAUCAAGGGCCUCGGCCACAUCAAGGGCCUCCUGGCGCACAUCAAGGGCCUCCUGGCGCACAUCAAGGGCCUCCUGGCCCACAUCAAGGGCCUCCUGGCCCACAUCAAGGGCCUCCUGGCGCACAUCAAGGGCCUCCUGGCGCACAUCAAGGGCCUCCUGGCGCACAUCAAGGGCCUCCAAACUCAUCCCAUGGUCCACCUCAAGGCCCUCCACAAACUACUUCAGGUUCAUCACAUGGACUAUCCCACGGUCCUCCAAUUCAGUCUGGUCCAUCCCAAGGUCCCUCAACAGGAACACCACCAGGGCCUUUAAUUGGAUUGCAGAGUCCAUCUACUGGUCUUCUAGGAGCAAGACCAGGGCUUAUACCCCUGCAAAGACCACCUGGAGUACCCACCCCUCACAUGCAAAGAUUUCCUGGAAUGCCACAUAGACCAAUGCUGCCUCACUUGGCACACAGAGGUCCUCCUCCUGGGCCAGGUGGUUAUGGAAUGCCGCCACCACAUGGCAUGAGAGGUCCUUAUCCACCUCAGGGCCACUUUGGAAGGCAGGGAGGACAUGGGGGACCAGAAGAAGGCAGGCCAUUUAGGAAUGAGAGGCGUGGAUUUAAUCCUGACAGACAUGGGUUUAAUAGUGAUAGAGGUGAUAGGCAUGGAUUUAAUCCUGAUAGAAAUGAAAGAAUGAGGUUUAAUCCAGAGGCAGAUGAUGAAUUUAAUCCUGAGAUGGAUGAGGGGCCUGAGUUUAAUCCAGAGAUGGAUGAGGGCGAAGCAUUCACCAUGGACGAGGAAGAGGAGCAAGGAUUCAAGCCAGACAGACCAGGGUUCAACCCCGAUAGGCAGAAUUUCCGCCCUGACAGGCCAGGUUUUCAUCCUGAACGACAGGGCUUUAAUUCAGAAAGACCAGGCUUCCAUCCAGAGAGAAAUGAUCGUCAAGGAUUUGUUCCUGAUAGAGAGAGGUUUGGUAGGAGGUCAUUUGGGAACCGCAAUGAGGAUGAGCGGGAACACUUUGGUAGCAGAUUUGAUGAUCGGGAUCACGAGCGACCAGGGCGUGGUAGAAGACCCUGGGGCAGGGGAAGUCCUGACCAUGAUAGACAGAGGGAGACUGAGGAGAGAAAUAGGUGGCCAGUAGGACGAGAAAGGGAGCCCAGAAGAGUACUUCUGGAUUUCCCUGACAGUGGUAGAAAGCAAAUUUUGAAUGAAAACCAUGAUCCUCCAAAGGGUAAAGCUGAAAAUCCAGAUAAAGAGAAAGCUGAAUCUAAAGAGCAAAAACCUGCUGAGGAGAAGGCCUCUAAAAUGUCACCAUCUUCUGACCCAGCAAAAAAGGAAUCUGGAUCUACAUAAGAAUCUGCACACUAGGACUUAAAUAGGGGUGGGGGUUAAAGCUUGAUGUUUAGAGCUUCAGAGUUGUACAAUAUGCUGUAAAAUAUUCGCUUCUGCUGUAUGCCAUCCUGUUAGUUUUCUCGAGAAUUGUAAAGUAAUUGGCUUUCCUUCUACUUAAAUGGUUACGAAAAGCUCCAACAUGUUAUUAAAAAAAAAAUCAAACCUCCUAUGUUUUGCUGUAGCUUUUUAAAUCUCAUCUUUAAAAAGUUUACAGAAUUUUUUUUUUUAAUAGGGGAAGCCCUUGAAAACAUUAGGGGUGUGUUUUUAAUAAACUCUAUUUUCGUAACAAA